AUGGCUUCUUCUUCAACGUCCAAAUCCUCGUUGGUCAUACGAAGACUGUAUCGAAACAUGCUAAGAACCAUCAAGCCAUACACUUCAUCACCAGAUGCCAAAGUCUUGCACUGCCUGUUGCAUCGAACUGGAUUGGACGACGACAUUUCCGAUUGGGAGGCCUUUGUCAAGGCGACUGGAUUGGAAAAGGGACACCAGGCGAGCGAUCUGAGUUAUAGCUAUGCGGAUGCCAAAAAAGGAGGACGUUUCCAAGACGAUGAUCGAGAUCACAAACUAUUGUUCAGAAGAUUACUAAGAGAAGUGGUGACAGGAGAAAAGGGAUUACGACGAAUGCCUGUUCCUUCAGUAGUGGACACCUCGAGACUGCAACAAGUCAUCAAGAGAGAAUUUCGCAAUGAAAAGGGCUCUUCCAUGUCUGCCUAUUUCAAUGAUUUGACAAGACGGCAAGUGGCCUUUACAGCACUACGAGAACUCAACAAGAAACUGUCCGUAUUGGCGAGUGUCGAUUCCAGCGAGGUAUCUCCAAACCAGGCUGCCUGGCACGUAUCUUCUCUACCAAUAUCCAAACCAUCAGCCAUAUUACAACCAGGAGUAUUUCUUAUGAGUCAUCCACACAUGAGUGACUCUUUCUUUUCUCGAACUGUAAUAUGUAUAUUGGACUAUGAAAACGAGGCAAAAAGUGAAUCGGCAGCAAAGCGGUUUGACUUGGACGCCCUGGGUCCAACGUAUGGACUUAUUGUGAAUCGAGUAAGCAUGAAGGGUGAUACGAAUGAAAAGAGAACGCUGAGGGAAGCCUUUGAUGACAAUAUGCUGCCCGAAAGAAUGGCAGAUAUCUUUGGAGACAUGCCAGUAAAGGACGGAGGUCCCGUACAUCCAUCCUUACAAAUGUUGUAUUCACUACCGGGAUCCAAAGAAAACACAAUUGAUGGUACCUUGAUUCCAACAAUCCCAGAGCCACAUGACGGUAGCACUGCCGAAUAUACAGAUUGUGCCACUUACUUUCAAGGGGACGUGUUUGAUGCCAUGACAGCAAUCAAGGAUGGCAAGUUGGACAAGAACGAAAUGUCCUUCUUUGUUGGAGCUUCCACUUGGGCACCUGGUCAACUGGAAAGUGAAAUGGCCCACGGCUUUUGGAUACCUUGUAGAGGCCCCGCUGAAAUUGCUUUGAGUGGAACGUGCGAACAUGAGCCGUCCACCGAUAAAUCGGAUCCACCGCCCGCCAAAGAUUUGUGGCUUUCGAUGAUGAGUGCCUGUGGACAGGACGAGGCCCGGCUGGCUAGUAUAUUUCACCAUCAAGAGUGGAACGAAAACAUGCUACCUUGUGAUGCCUUUGAUGGAGAAGACAUAGACCCUGAUAUUUUUUAG